AUGGCGAUCACAGAAGGAGACACCAAAAGCGAUUCACGGUUGAUUUUCACGUACGGAACCCUAAAGCGCGGAUUCCCAAAUCAUAGCCUGAUGGAAAAUCUGAUCGACGGAGGCAAUGUCGUCUUUGUCGGCGAGUACACGACGGUGGAGACAUUUCCGCUCGCUUGCGGACCCUACGGGAUCCCAUACCUGAUCAACAUCCGCGGAUCGGGUCACCGGGUCCGGGGCGAGCUCUACAAGGUGAAUAGCGGUGGGCUAGGCCCGCUGGAUGAUUUAGAAGGGAUCGAGAUAGGCCACUACGAGAGACUGCCGGUAACAGUCGCCGGUGACGGCGGUGAGACGGUUGCGGCGGAGGCGCACUUCGCGCACAGGAGCUUUGGUGAAGGGAUGUGGAAGAGGUGUGGAGAAAAGGGGUUGAAGAAUCCGCCCCUGAUGGAAUUAGGUAAUAAAUAUGAGAGGAAAGAAGAAAGACCUUCCAAUCAUGUAUCUCUUCAAGACAUCAGAAAUUUUAUUACCAAUGGGGAUUGA